CGCCCGCAGCCAGGCCCCGCGGGGCACAGCGAGUCAGCAUGCGGGGACCCCUGGCUCUGCUGCUGGCCGUCCUGGGGGCCUGGCUCCCGCUCCUGGAAGGCGCCAGGAUCCUGACCGUGGUCCUGUACGGGGGAAGCCAUUAUCUACUGAUGGACCGGGUGUCACAGAUUCUUCAAGAUCACGGGCAUGAUGUCAGCUUUCUCCAACGGAGCGACCUGGAUUUCCCAUCAGGUUUUAAAAGAGAGAAAACAUACCAAAGUAUCCAUUGGUCUCCUCCUGAUAAAUUUAAACAGGAAUUGAAGAAAAUUUUAGAUUUAUUAACAAAGGAAGCUUUUCUGGGAAGGAACUCAUUCCGACCCUUUUUGGAGAUAAUGAAGCUGUUUGGGACUCACUGCAGUGAUGUGCUGGGGAGGACAGAUAUCAUGGGCCCCUUACACAACGGGAGCUUCGACCUGGUGGUGGUGGAUGGCUUAGAUCUCUGCGCGUUCCUGAUCGCCGAGAAGCUGGCCAGGCCCUUUGUGGCUGUGCUGGCCACCACGUUUGGAGUGACGAGUUUUGGGCUGCCCGAGCCAGUGUCCUACGUCCCGGACUUCCACUCCUCCCUGACCGACCGCAUGGACUUCUGGGGCCGAGUGACCAACUCUCUGAUGUUCUUCAUCUCUCCCUGGAGGCAGCGGUACAUCCACGGUCUGAUGGAGAGCACCAUCAGAGAGCAUUUCCUGGAGGGCUCGAGGCCGGACUUAUGUCACCUUCAGCAGAAGGCAGAGCUGUGGUUUGUUAAUUCUGACUUUGCCUUUGACUUUGCCCGGCCCCUGCUCCCUAACACGGUGUAUGUGGGCGGCCUGAUGGCCAAGCCUGUGGAGCCAAUACCUCAGGAUCUGGAGGACUUCAUCGCCCAGUUCGGUGAGGCGGGCUUCGUGCUGGUGGCCCUGGGCACCAUCGUGGACGUGGCUGGGUCCCGGCAGGCCCUGGAGCAGAUGCACAGGGCCUUCGCGCAGCUGCCGCAGGGGGUGAUAUGGAAGUGCAGCCCUUCUCUGUGGCCCGAAGACAUCCCACUGGCAGCCAACGUGAAACUCAUGCACUGGCUUCCUCAGAGCGACCUGUUGGCUCACCCCAGCAUCCGCUUGUUUGUCACCCACGGAGGGAUGAACAGUGUGAUGGAAUCCAUCCAGCAUGGCGUGCCCAUGGUGGGCAUUCCUCUCCUUGUGGACCAGCCUGGAAACUUCAUCCGAGUAGAAGCCAAACAUCUGGGCGUCUCCAUCCCCAUCGAACAGCUCAAUGCAGAGACCCUGGCUCUUAAGAUGAAACAAGUCAUCGGAGACAAGAGGCAUCUUAAACUUACCAUGGCCAGAUUUCAGCUUUGGCCUGGCCCAACACCCUUCAGCCUGCUGAUCAAAUCUCCAUGCUGUAAAUUGUGACUCCAUUUUUCCUGUUUAUCAGGCCCCGAAUUUAGGCGUCUUUCAUUUAAAGUCUGUAAAAAUGUACAUAACAAACACAAGGAAGAAUAAGAAUGGAAAUAACAAAUGUAAUUCAAGUUCAUAGAAUUAUUUAUUGUUCCAGGCUUUAUAACCCAAAGAACUUGCUAAUUUAAAAUUUAUUUUUUAGUGAUUUAAUUUCAUUUAGGACAGGAACAUUUCAAGAAAAGUCCAAUUUGGGAAUCCUUCAGAAAUUCAUUCUGUAUGUAUAUGGUCAGAAUCAGCUUCGGCCUGAGAAUUGGUGGAAUAUUUAACAUUUGACCUUUGACAUUCCUUUGAACUGAUCAUAGCGUGUAUAUGCAUAUUCAUGCAAAUAUACAGAAUGUGCAUAUAUACAUACAUAUGUAUAUACACAUGUAUAUGCCCCUAUGU